CUCCUCUCAUCAGUAGGAUAUUACACGGGCUGCUGAGAGCGCGGAGGGUGGUUCAGUCUACAGUAUCUGGACCGGACCGAGGCGGGCAGGAAGCACAAGGCGAUGGAGGACACAGAGGGGAAGAAGAAGGACAAAAACUCCUCCAAGAGCGACAGAGUCACCCUGAAGAAAGAGAUUGGACUUUUGAGCGCUUGUGCUAUUAUCAUUGGGAACAUCAUUGGCUCGGGGAUCUUCAUCUCACCUAAAGGAGUGUUGGAGCAUGCCGGCUCAGUGGGGCUGUCACUCAUCGUCUGGGUUUGUGGAGGGGGGAUCUGCGCCCUCGGGUCCAUGUGCUAUGCUGAACUGGGUGUCACCAUCCCAAAGUCUGGAGGAGACUAUUCAUAUGUGACAGAAAUCUUUGGAGGGCUAGUGGGGUAAUGAUUCCUGUUGUUAUGGAGUGCUGUCCUCAUCAUGUAUCCGACCACGCUGGCUGUCAUCGCACUCACCUUCGCCAACUACGUCCUGCAGCCGGCCUUCCCGAACUGCCUGCCUCCGUUCAUCGCUACCAGACUCCUCGCCACCAUCUGUAUCGUGUUCCUGACUUGGGUGAACUGCUCCAGUGUGCGCUGGGCAACAAGAAUACAAGACGUUUUCACCGUGGGAAAACUCCUCGCUCUGGUUCUCAUCAUAGUGGUCGGACUCGUUCAGAUCUUUAGAGGCCACUAUGACGCCCUGCGGCCCAGCACAGCCUUUGAGUUCAGUGGGGAACCCUCGGUGGGACAGAUCGCGCUGGCCUUCCUUCAGGCCUCUUUUGCCUACAGUGGAUGGAACUUCCUCAACUACGUCACAGAGGAGGUGGUGGAGCCACGCAAGAACCUUCCCCGUGCCAUCUACAUUUCCAUCCCUCUUGUGACCCUCGUCUACACGAUGACCAACAUUGCUUACUUCUCCUCCAUGACUCCUCAGGAGCUGCUAGCCUCCAACGCUGUGGCAGUGACAUUUGGGGAAAAACUGCUGGGGAUGUUUUCCUGGGUAAUGCCGAUCUCCGUAGCACUCUCCACCUUCGGAGGAAUAAAUGGAUACCUGUUCACCUCCUCCAGAUUGUGUUUCUCCGGGGCCAGAGAGGGUCACCUUCCCUAUUUGCUGGCUAUGAUCCACCUGAAGAACUGCACUCCAAUCCCAGCCCUGUUGGUCUGCUGCAUUGCCACCAUUUUCAUCUUGUGCAUUGGGGAGACACACAACCUGAUCAACUAUGUGUCUUUUAUCAACUAUCUGUCUUAUGGGGUAACCAUUGCUGGCCUCCUCUACCUCCGCAAGAAGAGACCAAACCUGAUGAGGCCUAUUAAGGUAAACUUGUUGAUCCCAAUCAGCUACUUGAUAUUUUGGGCUGUGCUGCUCUGCUUCAGUCUGUACUCUGAACCUGUGGUUUGUGGACUGGGAAUGGUCAUCAUGCUGACUGGAGUCCCAGUGUACUUCUUGGGUGUUUGGUGGAAGAACAAACCCAAGUGGGUCUACAGGAUAGUUGAAAAAGUCACAUACAUGGGCCAGAAGGUGUGCUACGUGGUGUUUCCUCAAGGAGACCCUUCAGAGACUGAACCCCUAACUGCCUCCAAAGCCACUGAUUGAACAGUGCUGCCAUCCAGGAUUUCCAGUUUUGCAUCAAUGCCUGUACUUCCAAUUUCUUUUUCAUUACGUUGACAGUUUCUGAACGGUUAAGGGAUGGUUUGUCUGUGUUCCUGCCCAGGCGCAGCCUGGAAGUGGCUGCACUAGUUUGAAAAAAGCAAAAGGUUGUGCUUGGGGCAUUGGUUUGUUAAGCCCUCAAAAAGCGCAAUGUGUUUUAAUUAUAUUUCUUUGUUUGGUUGAACUGUCUUUUCAUUGUCCUCAACUGUAUGCCAAGUUUUCCUUUCAUUUUUAUCUUGCCUCUGCUCGCUCAAGGAAUCUGUCAUGUUCUGCUAUAUUUCCAAGAUAUUCUUCUUUGUAAUUUAACUAAAUCCUUGAGCUAAUGUGCCUUAUGAAAUGUAUAUGUUGGUAUAGUGUAUUGGUCUGUGCGGGUAUUAUGAUGAAAUAACUUUUAUGAGGUCAAUAUGCAAGCAGAUUCUGCCAUUAGCAAUACUUGUCUUUUACUGCUGCUACUUUCAGCUCUGUUUCACUAAGUACUUACAUGAUGUUUACCAUUUGACAACUGUGGGUUAGUAUCUCUAUGCAUCUCUGCCUGGCUACAGUAUCUGUUUUUAUUUUCAGUUUACACCCCUUUUCUCUCUACACCUUUAUAUCACCCUCUCUCCUUUGAGAAACUGUAGGUGCCUUCCUGUUACUAUUACAGAUCAGCCACAUGACACUCGCCAGCGGCAAUACCAGCAGUAUGCACAGCACAGGAGACACGGGAGGGUGACAAGAAGUUUGUGGCUGCCAUUCAGGCAAAUGGCUGGCCCCUCUCCAAAAUAUAUAAGCUGCCAUGAUUACAACACAUUAUAACAGACUGUUUUUCAGGUAUAAAUGUUCAUCUGUCUGUCUUUACAGUCUGGAGCUUAGCUUUGGAAACAUUCUCAUCUUUUGGAGGGUCACUGUGAAGUCUUUCAAGGUGCUCGACCAGCUAAGACAGUUUCUAGAUUUCACACCUGAUGUUAUGAUACAGUUAUUUCUUUAAGGCAUUGUUGAAUAUUGUAUUCAGAAUCCACUUGGUUAGUGGGUGGUAGUGGAUGUUAACUUGUGCAUGGGACUUCUGUCACUUCCCUAAAGACAAAUCACCACUACAAUUAACCACACUGGCCUACCGGCUUGUUCAACUGAUGCACUACAAUACCAUGGACAUAUAUUUGAAUUGAUUAUAGUCCAAUUGACCCACAGUGGAUUUUCUGUGGUCCAAGAUAUCAAAUUAGUUUAGUCACUAAACUAAUUUGAUUAUUAUGGCCCUAAUCACUAAACUUUAGUGAUUAGGGCCAUAAUAAUCAGAUUUUUCCAAACUAUAAUGGUUAAAUGAUUUCCUUACAGAAGUUGUGGUACUACUACCUUAACACAGUAUGCUAAAUAACUGUGGUCGAAGAGUUUUUGAUGUUUACGUGUAUUCAGGUAGUCACUUUUAGCUUUUGUUUAAGCUGUUUAAAUGUUAUAACAGAACAUAUGAAAGUUUGGGCCAGUGGCCUUUAACAUGAUGUAAACCAACAUGUUGGAGCUUCUAUUCUACAAUAUGUCCUUCUCCAGGCCAGCAGACUGGGAAUCCCUCCAAUCAUCAAAUCCAGAAAAAGAGAUGCACACUUACAUCAAUAUGUAUGACUGUCUGCCAUGUCCAGGUGCUGUUAGCUCAGUUGAGAUCUGUAAAUACUGUGUAAAGAAAAAAAAAGAACUGUUACAGUGCACCAGUCUCCGACAAAUAUCACAUUCCUCAGACAUGUUGUGAUAAAUUUACAUAUUGUAUAA